AUGCUGCGAACACUACCAGAGUCGUAUAAGUCAAGAUGGAAAGAUCACCUUAAUAAACUCAUCCAUGCGUACAAUUGCACUGUACACGACUCCACGAACUAUACACCAUUCUAUCUACUGUUCAGUAGAAGUCCCAGACUACCUAUUGACUUAAUGUUUGACUUGCCAGACAAAGCGGAAAGUAAUUCACGAUCAGAUUAUGUGUCGAAGUGGAAAACUGCAAUGAGCGAGGCUUAUCGAAUUGCUCACGAAGCUACUACGAAAAGUGCCGAAAAAGGAAAGAAGAACUAUGAUCGUCGUAUACACUACACGGGCUUACAACCAGGAGAUCGUGUUCUUGUUCGAAACCUUUCACCGAGGGGAGGACCGGGGAAACUUCGAGCAUUUUGGGAAGAGGAAGUACACGUAUUCGUUUCACGAAAGGAACCCGAGAGUCCAGUCUACGAGUUAAGACCCGAACAGGACGGGGACGUAAUCGCGUGCUAUAUAGAAAUCUUCUCCUUCCAUGCGAACAUCUGCCAUUAG